UGAAUGAUGGCGGCGCCCUAACUGAAUAAUUUGUCAUCGGCAAAGAAUCAUUGAAAUUCGAUCAAAUUGAGGAGUGUUUUUAAAGAAAUUAUGUUUUCUAUAUACAAAUGAAGUUAUCCGGAACAACAUACGAGGCUGCUUUCAAUUGAAAAAAAACAAAAAAAAACAUUGUAUUUUCUAAAGUUAAACUUGUCUGCGACAGACUCAUUGCAAUCAUGCCACCAUCAGUGAAAGUCAUUGUGAAAGAGCCAGACGUUUUGAAGCUGGUGUUGGAUUUCUUAAGCUCCAGGGAACUUUACAUGUCCAUGAGAUCUCUGGAAAGAGAAAGUGGCGUCGUUAACGGGCUGUACUCCGACGAUGCCCUCUUCCUGAGAAAUCUUAUUCUGGAUGGACAAUGGGACGACGUCUUGGAGUUUAUCCAGCCUCUGGAGAGCAUUGAGACGUUUGACUGUAAAAGUUUCCGAUUCCAGAUCUUGAAACAUAAGUUCCUUGAGAUGCUCUGUAUGAAAGAUGAUCUGCAGCAUCUUCAGAUGGAGAUUUCCAGCGAUGAAGUCGUGGCGUGUUUGAAUGAAUUAGAGCCUCACUGCCCGACGAAAGAAGACUACAGUAACUUAUGUUUGCUCCUUACUCUACCGAGAUUGACAGAUCAUGCCGCUUAUAAGAACUGGAAUCCGAGCACGGCUCGAGUGCAGUGUUUCCAAGAUGCUUAUCAAUUGGUGGCUAGAUUCCUACCAGCUGAUAAGAACUUGGAGUUGAGCGACCACACAGCGAGUAAAGACCGCCUCGUUCAGCUUCUUAUCAAAGGUCUCGUCUUUGAAUCCUGUGUGGAUUUCUGCCAACAGAGGGCCACAGCCAAGGAUGUCCAGGAUGCAACUCUACGAGGGAUGCUGACUGGCACCGACGCCGACGACGCAGAUUUGAGUUUGUUGUCAUGGUUACAGAGCAUUCCACCCGCAACGUUCAGUUGUCCGUUCGAGCAGAAGUCUUUAGAAGUGGCGGUGGAGAGAAUAACGAAACCAAGCGCGUCGUGGUCGGAGCAAAUCAUGACCCCUAUGACCCCUACGCCAAGCAGCAAGCAGCGCGGCUACCCAUCCCCGUCCCCGUCGACGCCCAUCUUGUACCGUAACCGUCCGUGGUCGGCGGGUUCCUCCCGUGGCUUAUCGCAGUCUUUGACACCUACCCUGGAAGCAGUUAUCUCCAACCAAGCCAAGAGAAGAGAUGAAAGCCCUAAUCAAGAGUUGAACAAUAUGUCCAGGUCGAUGGGGAAUGUCCAUUUAUCGGGAGGGGUGUCUGGUGGACCAAUGAAUACCUUGGCUACUGUUACUGAAGAUGUAGAGAGGAUGCCAGGUCAAGGGUCACUGAGAGCUAAAAGUCCACAGAAGACUGGAAGCCCGAGGUUUGUUCAGCAAGAGGCGCCAACAAACUCCAGUAACGAUGUAUACGCUGAAUUUGUCGCAUCCAAAGCGCAAUUCCAGCAGGAUCUCGACAGACAGGAGAAACAUCGUCAACAACUUCAGCAGCUGUUGUCGAGUAACCAUGGAAACAGCGCGGCGGGAGAUGCUGCUCAUCUACACGGAUCGAGGGAGAGUUUAGGAUCACUAUCCAAAAUGUCGCCAGAGUUUACGAAAACAGAGCCAACUCAGACAACUCCUUUGUACCCAACCAGUAACAUGAAACGCCUCCACCACCCAGUGGGCGUCUUUUCAAGCACUCCCAAGACCAAUCGCUUCGACCCCACGGCGACGCCGGAGCCCGAAGCCUCCCCCGUUCUUUCUAAAAACUCUUACCCACACUCCUCUUACACUAACCCGUGUGAAUCAAUGGAGAAUAUUGACCCCGUCCGACGCCUCGAUACCUCGCUGGGUGAAGUCUUGGCUCCGGGUGGGAACCUUAUGAACGUAACUUAUCUUAGUCCGAGUCUUACUUCUACUACUCAUCAAAAAGAAAACAGUUCUGUUGGUCAUAAUGUAGAACUGCAUAACAGACAGCCGGUUGCUGAAAAUCUUAGAAAGUUAGCGGGUGAGAAUUUGACUGGCAGCCCAGGCUGGAUGAACAGGGACCAAGACAAGAAAAGUCCCAGCUAUGUCGCCGUCACUACUCUAGAGGAUGUUCAAGCCAUACGGGCUGUGACCUUUGACCCGACAGGGUCGUUGUAUGCAGUCGGGGCCAACUCUAAGACUCUUCGGGUUUGCUCAUAUCCUGAUGUAUCACGAGUAAGAGAGGGAGAACCGAAGCAGCCCACUGUGCUGUUCAAACGAACCAGGCACCACAAGGGAUCUAUUUACUGUGUUGGUUGGAGCCCCUCUGGGAAUCUAAUAGCCACUGGAUCUAAUGAUAAACUCAUCAAGCUUGUCAGGUUUGAUGCACACACGUGUAAUGCGGAUGGACCAGACAUUGAUUUAACAAUGCACGAUGGUACAGUACGUGAUUUAGUAUUCCAACCAGAGAGUUCCCAUGGGACUGUAUUAAUAAGCGGUGGUGCUGGUGACUGUAAUAUCUACGUCACUGAUUGCAACCAGGGGCAGAUGGUCCACGCUAUGGCCGGACAUUCCGGUCAUGUGCUGUCGCUGUAUGCUUGGGGCGCGCAUAUGGUGGUAUCCGGCUCGCAAGAUAACACAAUACGUUUGUGGGAUUUGCGUACGCCGCGCUGCGUUCAGGUCAUCGGAACACCAGGAUCUGAUGCAGGAAAAGGCACAGCUUCAGCCACUGUCUGUGUUGAUCCAUCGGGCCGUCUGCUAGCCUCCGGUCACGAAGACAAUUCCUGUAUGUUAUACGACAUCCACGGAGGACGCAUCGUACAGACGUAUCUCAAACACAAAGGGGAAGUGCGCUCUGCGAGGUUCUCACCCAAAGCUCUGUAUCUUCUCUCUGGAUCAUAUGACGGUACUGUGCUCACCAGCGACUUACAAGGAGAUCUAACUCGGCCCUUACCAACGGCAGUCGCAGCUGAGCAUAACGAUAAGGUCAUUCAAUGUCGAUGGCAUCCUACGGACUUAACGUUCCUUAGCUCCAGUGCUGAUCGUACGGUUACGCUCUGGGCACCGAUCAACCAAGGUUAGGUUAGCUGCUUACCACUGGUGCCCAACACUAGUGCUGAUCAUGGGCACCGGUCUAAGGUUGGGUCACUGGUGUCCAUCACUAGUGCUGUAUCAUACGGUUAUGCUAUGGGUACCGCUGUAAGGUUGGGUUAGUUGAUUACCACUGGUAUUCAUCACUAGUAAUGCUGACCCGAGGGCCCAAUUUCCCAGGCUCUGCUUACCGCGAAAUACUGGGCUUUCAAACACCAUUCUCCGCUUACUGUGCAAGCACUGAAUUUCUGCGCUUGCUGCGUUAGCGAAAAAAAUAACUAAAGUAACUAAGCACAAAUUCCGUGCUAACCAUUGAAAUAUGCUUGACAUAAGCGCAGAAUUCUCUGCUUCCGUUAGCACCGAUUGUUUGCUAGCAGUAGCCUUGAAAAUGGGCUCAGAUGGUUACACUUUGGGCACUGCUCUAACUCAGGUUGGGUUAGUCGGUUACCAAUGGCUUUGUUCUCAGUAUACGUAGUCUUGUAGUGAAUUUGUACAGUAGUGUGUAUAAUUUAUUAGCUUUGAUGUACAGAUGGACAUGGACUACUGCCUGCUGUAGACUGGGGGUAUUCAAUGCAUGUGCAAUAUUUGCAAGAGACAAAGAGAAGUGUCAUUAAUGGUAGAGUAGAGUUCACUCCUUUUUAGCCCUGCCCCCUUCUAAACAAUAAGGUUUAUCGCGAUUCAGAACCGCAAUGCUUUGUGGGAAGGCAUAGGGGGCAGUUUGCUAUGCAGUGUAUGUUUUCAUGCACGACUCACGCACGCAUCGCCUAUAUCUUUGUGUGUGUUCAACAGCGUCCUCUCUUGAUAUUUUUCUAUUCGCGAUAAACCUUAUGGUGGGAGGUUUUUUGGCACUGAGUGUUUGUACACUAUGUCUGCAUACGGUGAUUACUUUGCCAAACAAAUAUUGAAGUUUUACUUUUAAUAAAUAAUGGAAGAUAAUACUUUGGUAGUUAAUCUCUUAAGCCUCAUUUGGGUAAAGUGAAUUUGGUAAAGCACUUUUGGUUAAGCGCUUUGUUUAAGACAAACAUGGCUGAAGAAAGUUGAAGGAAUGUUGGCACCUUUUAAGGCCUCCAAACUAGUUAAACUCUCCCAAGAUUGCUUUAAAUUUAGUGUCUAGUAUAGUGGACAUAAUGAUUAAACCUUGGGUAUACAUUAAGCAAUGUGAGUUUAAUGUGUUAGUGUUAUUAUUAUUUAUUAUUAUUAUUAUUAUUUAUUUGACCUCAACAAAUACAAGUACAUCAAAAAGUA